AUGAAAUAUGUCGUGUCAUAUAUUGGAAAUUAUUUUGCUUUUGAUGGAAAACGAUACGACGAACUCUUCGAUAAUGAGAGAUUGUUUGAUACUUUAUCUAUCAUAAAACAGAAUGAAACGCCAGUUCAAUGGGCAAUACGGGUGAGAGUACCUUUACAGAAUUUAUUAAAUGCUGGAAAAUUUAGUAUAUAUCACCAGCUAUGUUUAUUUGCAUCAUUUGGUAAAGUCAUUGGGAUAAAGACCGAUUUCGGAAAAGCAAGGAUUAUACAAAGAGCCUGGAGAAAUUACAAGAAUAGACCUGAGUCAUUAGCCACUCAAGUUUGGAACGCUUUAAAAACGGAUGAUUACCCCAAUGAUAAGAAGUUUUUAGGCAUAACUCCUCAAAAGGUAAAUCGUCCUUUUGGUUAUGAUUAUAUUGACUAUAAGUCUAAACGUUUAUCUUGGCAUUCUAAUAGUCCUAAAUUGUGGGCGGAAUCCAAGAAGUCACUUUUAACUUACAGACUAUACGACUAUGUGGUAAAUUUAUUGCAACAAAAUGGAUACAGAUUAAUUGGUGGUAGGUCUUGGUAUGUGAUGCUACAAUGGGUAGAGAAUCCUGAUCAAUAUCUUAAUAAUGGCUGUCGAGACUUUGUCAGAAUAUAA